CUGUUAAGAUUUUGCCCCAGUCUUUAAAAGGAUCCUAAAGGUUAGGACCCGAAGCUGAGGCUGUGUGAAGAAACAUACAGGUUCAGAAAUCUCUGGUAAUCCAAGAGCCCUUUUCUUCCCCCCAGCAAGAAGAAACCAAAAUCGGGGAAGUUCUUCCUUCCUGACUUCUUGCACAAAUUUAGUGUGGCAAAAAAAGAAAAAAAAAGAUGAACACAGCAGAUGUUGAGGAGAGUGUAGCUCAGUCAGUGAGUAGCACAACACUAUCUGAGCUGAAUAAUAAAGAUACCCCUUCCCAACCUGCUACCUUGGAGAGAACACUUCAUGAGGAAGAAAAGUGUAAACAAGACAAUAUAAUGGAAUUUAGUUAUAGAAAAAGAAAAAAAAGAAAAACUGAGUUCUCUGACGACCAAUUGAAGAUCCUUGAAGAGCAUUUUAAUAGAAAUCCGUAUAUUGCCUAUGACCAAGCCAAGGUCUUGUCUGCUGAAGUGGGUUUGAGUCCUGUUCAGAUUAGGACCUGGUUUGGUAACCAAAGAUCAAGAAAGAGGAAAAUUAAGGGAUGGCUCAUAACAAGAAACGUUCGAACGAAGCGUGUCCAAGAAAAAAUCCAUCCUCAUUCAAGUGAACGGAGUUCCCAAGCUUGUUCUAGUCCUACAUGCUUGGGUCCCUUUCAACCAAAUAUAGUGGAAAUUGAUGUUUGUAAUGAACAUAAAACUUUUAUUAACCUUUAAAUGCCAACUUUUCUUUUCCCAAUUUCCCAUUAUUCCAGUGGGAUUGAAUUUUUGACCAUGUGCAAUUGAACUCAAUAUGAGACCUGUGUCUUAAAGAAAUGUCAUCUGGCUAAAUGUAACUAAAGGAAAUCUAUUUUAUACAAAGGCAUAUUUGUUGAUCUUAAUUUUUUUUUUGGUUUUUUCAUUUGUCAAUUUUUAAAUUUAUUUGGGGAAUAAAAAUAAAAAUUAAUGAUUUGGU